CUGAACAUCUGGGACUUAUUUCAUCUUGUAGAAUCUGACGCUAUCUUUUCUGAAGUUUCCCUUUUGUCUGCCAUUUUCAUUAAUAACUGCCACUUAGAGGUACCCAAGUAAAGGAUUUUUGCUAUAUUUAAUAUUUUCCAGUUCAGGUUGGAGGCGCAGGUAGCAGCAAGGAUGGGUUUAGAAAAAUAUAGGAUGUUUUUAGAGGAAAUUUCAGAGUUAAUUUUGAGUGAAAUGCCAAAAGCUGACUAUUCCAGUAUAUUCAACGAUUUUGUUGAAUCUGAAUUUUUUCUCAUUGAUGGAGAUUCAUUGCUUGUCAUGUUCAUAUGUGAGGAAUCAUUAAAGCAGGGGCAGGAGCUCCAUUUCUUCUAUUUGGUUGAACGCUACCUUGUGGAUAUUAUUAGUAAAGGAGGACAAUUUGCCAUAGUUUUCUUCAAGAUGGUAACGUCUGCCAUUUUCAUUAAUAACUGCCACUUAGAGGUACCCAAGUAA